AUGUCGUUCAGGAUAAACGACUAUAAUGCCUUUUUAACAUCGUUAUUUGAUAAAAAUAAUGCUAAUAAUCCAUCGGGCGAUUUUUAUAGCCAAUCACAGAUCCCCAGUCAGAACCAAAGUCAAUCGAAUUCCCCCCAACCAUCAUCAGUUCCUUCAGCACCAGCACAGACAAUAAAACAAGAGCCAUUCCCAGUAGAUUUUGAUUUUGGGCUAAUACAGGCAAAUAAACAAAAUCCAAAUCAAGACCAACUUCAAAGUGAAAAUCCUGAUCAAAACUCAGAAUCACCAAUCAUUUUAUCCCCGUCGUUUGUAUUACCAGAAAAUCAGUUUGAUGUUUAUAAUGUAAACUUUAAUAAUAAAGAUCCCCUGGAUGAUGAAAAAGAAGCUUCGCCAAAGACGAUGAAAAUCACUCAUGAUCAAUUGACCAAAGAAGCAAUGGAUGCAGCAGCCGCAGUUGGAUCAAACAUUACUUCCAGACCAAGAGUGAAAUCCGCCCAUAACGUAAUUGAACAACGAUAUAGAAAUAAAAUCAAUGAUAAAUUUACCGCUUUACAAAAUUCGGUUCCAACUUUAAGAAUCGUGGCCAAACGUAAACAACGUUUAGGUAGUCAUAAUUCAGAAGAUGAGGAUGAAUAUAUUUAUGAUUUAAAUCCCCAAUCCGAUUCAAGCGAUGACUUAGAAGGUUUAGAACCGGCUAGAAAAUUAAAUAAAGGUACAAUUUUAGCUAAAUCAAUCGAAUAUAUUAAAUUCUUAGAAUUGAAAAAUGAAAAAAUGAAACAAGAUCAUCAAGACUUAAUUAAUAAAGCUAAAGCAAUGGGUAUCCAAAUUGAUGAUCAUCUACUUAAUGAGUAG